AUCAUGAUUUAAUAAUGACAUUCCUCCAAAUUUUAAGUAAAUUUUUUUAUCCUGCAUACAAAUCAUUAUUUCCAUUUUCACCUACAACCACAUUUGUUCAUAAUAGUCUUGCAAGAUGGAAUAGUACUCAAAUCAUCCAACAAUCAGAUGUUAUUCACUCUACAAAUAGAUACUUUAAUAAUACUUGUGUACCUUGUGAUAGAGAGACAAUGGAUAGAAUUCGAAGAGCAAUGCUUAAAUGCCCAAGAAAAAUACGUCGACAAAAUAUCCAAGAUUGUCCAAGAGAAAAGCCAAACUGCAAUUGUAAAAUAAAAUCACCACCGCUGCCCCCACCUAAACCACCUCCUUGUUGCGAAUGCCCAGCACCGCCAUCUUGUUGUCCACCAGAACCCGUAUGUAGACAACAGUGUUGUACACUUAGUCCCGUUUGUGCAGACCAAUGUCAACUUAAACCUGUUGUUUGUUGUGAAGAUAAGUGUCAAUUUACGCCAGUAUGUGAACAAAAGUGUCCACCAAAACCAACAUGCGAAGAAAAGUGUCUACCUUCAACUAAUCCGCCAUGUGUUUGAGUGAAACAGUUUUAUAAAG